UGAAGCUUAUAAACCGCGAGCACCAGUUAAAUACAUGGAAAUUUAUGCGUAACCCACCUCGAGUCUGGAGAUUUGAAUCUUGAUUGCAACAAAAGCUUAUUACUACCCAACCUUCGGGGCUUAUUUCACUUGCUUUAACUAACUGAUGUUGUGGAAAGCAAGUUUCAUAGAAAAUGAAGCCAUUCACUCAUGCAAGGAUGCACCAACAUUUCCUCUUAAUGUUCAGGUCUCAAUCUCUGGGUUCCCUUAAAAAGUGUCUCAAUGCAUGGACCCUCGCUUUGCAUUGAAACAUUUCCUUACUCUCUGUGAAGAGCAAAAAUUGACUGCUCGUCUCCUCAAGUGGAAUGACAAAAAUGUCACUUUUACCCUCACAUUAUGAAAGGCUAACAAAAGAAGAUGAAGUGACCGGCUUGAGGGUUUGAUUUUUGUGCGAACUCGUUCUUCAGCGGACCUUAAGUGAUAUUGAGCAUAAUUAGGAGGGUACCCGCGCAAUAACCAUUCCAUUGAUGUGUGUAUUCCAUUUCCACUCCCAUUUGCCUUGUAUUGGAGAGAAACAAAAAGUUGGGAUUAUAAAGUGAAACGAAUACUUCAGGUGUCCAAUUCUCCAAUUAUAAUUUGUAACUUUACCAACUUUUACUUGGAAAAAAAAAAGAAUUUAAGGUAUUUUUCAUCUGAAUUUUUCUGCUCAUUCUCGUGGGUACUGAAAUACGUUUGUACCCAUAAAAAAAAAAAAAGAACAGUGAUAUGGGUCAAAUUUAACAAUAAAGAGUAGAUCUAAAUAUUAAAAAGAUUUGACUUUUUGAGAUAAAAGUUCUACAUUUAAAUAAAAAAUAAAAUUAUAGGUACAUGAAAUAAGAAUUAUUAAGAAAUAUAUACGGUUAGGAAUGAAUUAAAGAAGCAUGUACCAUCUGUGAUAAAAUCUGGAGCGAUUUUUUUUUUUUAAAUUUUUUCUUUGUUGAUGCAGAUAGAGGUAGGUAUCUUUUUCAAUAAAAUCACAAUAGCUAACUGUUAUCUUAUCAUCUAUGUCUAUGUGGAUGCUUAUUUUGAGCAAGUAAAGCCAAGCCCUCGCAAAAAGAAGCCCCCAGCAGCCAAGUUGACCUAAACCCUAGCCCUACAAUGUAAUAAAGUCAUAACACGAGGGCACGAUAGCAAAUCACCCAAACUUAUUCGUAUUUAUUUUCCACUACUUCCCUCCACAAUGCGUCCGAACCAAAAGCUCCCACCUUCCCUCGUUUUAUGCACUCUUUCGCUUUCCUCCAAGUUUGUUUCCAAUGUCGGGGGCUCAACCUCAGAACCGCCGGCCGGCGGCGCCUAUUGCGGCUGCCGCGGCGGAGGCUGGCGGUGGGCAUGCUUUGCAGCAACUGAAGCGCCGGCUUCCUUUCUCGUCCGCAAUGCCGCCUUUCGUCCCUAACGGCGAUUACCACCGUUUCUCUUCCUCCUCGGAUGAUCGCAGAGUCAAUCAGGACGCGGAAGCUAUCGUAGUUAGAUCUCCGCAGUUGAAGCGGAAGAAUGGAAUGGACUAUGAUGAAGUUGAGUCAGUUAACUGGAUCAGUAGUCCUGGGUGCGCUGAUAAAGCUAACAGUCCCCUGCAGACACCGGUAUCUGGAAAAGGAAGAAGGGUAUAUGGCAGGACAAGAGUCUCAAAAAGUGAUAGAUCUGGGCCUCUGACCCCAAUGUCAAAUGCUGGAUCUCCAUCACCUCUAACUCCUGCUGGUAGCUGCCGUUAUGACAGCUCUCUAGGUCUUUUGACAAAAAAGUUUGUCAAUUUGAUUAAGUAUGCAGAAGAUGGUAUUCUAGAUUUGAACAAAGCUGCUGACACCCUGGAGGUGCAGAAGAGGCGAAUUUAUGACAUAACAAAUGUCCUUGAAGGAAUUGGUCUAAUUGAAAAGAAGCUGAAGAACAUAAUUCGGUGGAAGGGACUUGAGGCUUCAAGACCAGGGGAGGUUAAAGAUGAUAUUACUACCUUGCAGGCAGAAGUUGAAAAGCUUUCCAUGGAAGAACAGCGAUUAGAUGACAGGAUUAGAGAAAUGCAGGAGAAAUUGAGGGACUUGAGUGAAGAUGAAAGCAAUCAAAAGUGGCUUUUUGUAACUGAAGAGGAUAUCAAGGGCCUACCUUGCUUUCAGCAGAAUGAAACCCUAAUUGCAAUCAAAGCUCCACAUGGGACUACUCUUGAAGUUCCAGAUCCUGAUGAGGCUGUUGACUAUGCCCAGAGGAGAUACCGAAUAAUCCUGCGUAGCUCAAUGGGACCAAUUGAUGUCUACCUUGUGAGCCAAUUUGAGGAAAAGUUUGAGGAUGUGAAUGGUGCUGAGCCAUCCAUGAGCUAUCCAAUCGCUUCAAGUUCAGGCUCCAAUGAAAAUCCUGCAACACAGGCGACCACUAUUGGAAGUGAAAUAGAGAUUGAACCACAGCCACAAGAUGGCAGCUCUAGUUUAAAUGUUUCACAGGACUAUGCUGGAGGGAUCAUGAGGAUUGUCCCGUCGGAUAUUGAUAACGAUGCAGAUUACUGGCUCCUAUCAGAUGCCGAUGUUAGCAUCACUGACAUGUGGAAGACAGAUUCUGGUGUUGAGUGGGAUGGAGUGGAUAUGCUUGGGAAGGAGAUUGGAAUGGCUGAUAUUGGCACCCCAAGGUCAAGUACUCCGUCUUGCAUUUGUGCUGAUAUUCCAUCGGAUGCUGUUGACAUGGAUCAAAACCAAAGGUGAUUCCCAUUUCUGCAAUAUAUAUUUAAGUGAGCAGCUCAUAUAUGCUUAAAAAUCGUAGCUUUUGGUCACUGGCACUGCCAUGGCUUCCUGUUGUAUUACUAAUUGAAUCCAAUAUUUUGAUUCAAUAAAGAAGUUUAAGCCCCA